UUUUUUUUUUUUAAUUUUUUUGUUACGUUUAUAUAUAAUACCUGACCAUUUGUGCUCUCAAGUAACGUCUAUUUUGUUUUUACUGCUAAACGAGCUUUUUGAAGUGAAAUAGUAAUUUUGCUAGUUGGAAGUUUCUCAAAAUUGGAGUUGAAGGAAAGAAAGAAGAUAUUCAUAUCGAUAGCGAAAACAACUUAUAAGAUAUUUCACAAAUUGUCAAAGUAUGAGCGCUUCAUCCUCCAAAACAGCCAACGCUGGAGGCUCUGCUUCUAAAAAGAUUAGGAUGACUAUGGCCUGUGAGCGUUGCAGAGCUAAGAAAGUUAAAUGUGAUUUUACACACCCUCAAUGCUCAAGGUGUCAACAUGCGAAAGUCGAAUGCUCCUAUGAUGGAAGUGCUACGCAAAUCGAUCUAUUUAAUUUAGUAAAAUUGAAUGAAACUGUGGAUGUUUUGCAAGAAAAGCUUCGAACCAUUGAGACUAAUUUGAAGGAUGUGUGCAAUAACACGCAAAUCGUUGCCGAUGAAGUGAGAGCGAAACGUGAAUCAAAUACCAAUGACAAAAAGCGAAAGUCAAUUGAUCCCAGUAGUAGUUGUAAGUGUAGCAGUGACGAAGAAAACCAGCAUGCAAGUAGUUGCAUGACCAGCAACAUAACGAAAAGAAACGUGAACGGAUUGGGACUCAUCUCAUCACCUCGAAGUGCUCAAUGGUCACUUUCAUUGACGCCAAAAGGUUUGAGGAUUGAUACAGACAUAGUUUCUUUACAUGAUUUGUAUGAUAUUUUGCUCUCUGGCGUAUCACAUUUCGACUUUGGCAACAGUGCAAACAGCAACAGUAAUCAUAGUGUGUCUGAGGCAGCAGCGAGUACUCUAGAAACAUCAUCUCAAUCUUCUAUCAGUACGUCAUUCGAAAGUCCACGACCUGAAGCAGCUACGGUAAUGCGAAAAAAACCCUUAUGGAAGAGUCGAAUGAAAGCACACCCUUUAUAUAGCAGUUGGGAACCAGAAAACCAGCAGUCUUCGACGCACAACAAUAUGAAAAAUGAUAACGAAAGAUGGGGCAUUGAAAAGUCAAAUAUUGAUGUCUUUAUUCAAACGAUUUCUCGAGAAACAAAACAACGACUGCUUACUAUUUUUGAGGAAUGCUUUUUGUGUUUCUCCUGGCCCGAUCCUGUGAAUUCCAUUGUUGCUCGAUUUGAGAAAAACACACUGGAUCCCAUGCUGGCCAAUGCGAUAUUUGCGUGGACGGCCAGACAUGCCGCUAUAUAUCACAAUCUAUUUCCCAACAACGAUCCCAACGACAUAGGUCAUUAUUUUUUUCUGAAAGCUAAGGAACUGCUGAAAGAACGGUUUAUGGUCAGCAACGUAAAUACCAUGCUUAGUGUCUUCGUCAUGUACAUUUAUGCGAUCGGUAUGCCUACAAGUAGUAGUGAGCACAAGGCUGAAGUAGAAUCAGAGGCCUAUAUCUAUUUGGGAUUGGCAAUUCGCAUAUGCUUGGAUUUGAAGAUGAAUGUCGAGUCAACGAGUUCUGUUCCAUACGAAAAAGAGCUGAAUCGCCGAUUUUUCUGGGUGCUUUACUUUAUUGAGACAUUAGGCUCCAUACAUUCCGAUAAAGCAUUUUGUUUGCCACCCAAAGAGAUGAUCAGUGUUGGAUUCCCAACGCUAAUGGACCACGAAACAAGUGGAGAAUUGAAAUAUAAGAGAGAAUUUAUUAUAAAUCGGUUUAAAAUUGCAUGCAUCUAUCGUGACAUUAUCAACAAGACGACAGAAGAGAAACCUUUGCUGUCACAGAUUACAGCCAUUGAUAAGGAGCUAGAAACAUGGCGUUCACAACUUCCGCCUUACUUUAAGUAUGAAGCAGGGGACUUGUAUAAACGAAAUUGGGAUUCUACGUCUUUUAGAGAACAAGCCUGUAUCAAAUUAAAUUUCGAAUAUAAUUUCCAAUUGUGUCAACUCCAUGGCAUGUUUCUGAAAUCAAGUUUGGAAGAGGGAAGUGGAAAUAGCAGUUAUCAGCCGUCGACGAUUGAACUGUUAUCAAAAGAUGUUUGUAUAAAAGCAGCUCACAGUACAAUAGAGCUGCUGCAGUGUUGGGCGCAACUGAAGCAGUUAUGGUGCCACUUUUCCCUGGAAAACCUGAUGAUGACCGUCGUUAUCUAUGGCAACGUCUUGGCGCAAUCUGAUGAAAGUGCGGAACGAGACUUGGCGAAAACAAAUUUGGAGAAAAUGGCGGAAAUUCUUCUUUCAUCGCCUGUUCGUCAUCAUAAAUAUGUUCUCACUUUAGUGAACAAAAUCCAGGCUGUAUUGAAAGAAGCUGCAAAUGUCGAUUCACUUUUCGAUGAGGAAUCUAAAGGAAAUAGUCAACUGCAUCCACAACAUAAAACGAUCGACAAUCCUACUAGCAAAAGGGCAGGUAUGAGUAACAGUGAAAAAGAUACCUCUUCUUCCAAUCAGAAUGUUUCACCAGUACCUGUUACUGUGCCCUCUACAACGAGCACAUCGAUACCUGUUGUUUCUAUGCCGCAUUACCAACAACAAAACCAGACAAAUAUACUUCAUAAACAACCUAUGUCAGGCGUCGAUCAAAAUUUAAUGCCACACGCAGCGUCUGAUAACCCCUUCAUGCAAUCGAGGAAUCCUUUCGUACUUGAUGUUGCUUCAGCCUCUUCUAUUUUUGACAUCCACAAAGCAGAUUUAUUUGCACAAGACAUGCAGCCAUUUUCAGAUUUCCUUUAUACACCCACGAUUUUGAACGAUUAUGACACAUCCCUGAAUGAUACGAACAUCAUGUCUACAAUGAGGUCGACUACGGACACAAAUAAUAAGGCGGGCACAGCGAAUAGUUACUUAUCCGCACCACCGCCAUCGCAUACCCAGCCAUAUAAUACUACCACGUACACCUUGAAUCAACAACAACAACAUAUUCCUGGCCGCUCUAUUCAUAAUACUUCUGAUACUAACACUAAUACUACUCCACCUAAUUUACUCCGCACAGCAGUACCUAUUAAGAGUGAUACUUAUCGCCAUUACCCUCAACAUACUUCACAAAUGACUGCUAAUAAUACUUGUACUAAUAAUAUUCCUCCGACACAUACCAAUUCACCCCAGCAUCCCGCAAAUAAUCCGCCUUAUCAGCAUUACCAUCAUCACUCUCGAACCGAUUCUUCGUCAUCAACUACUUGGGUACCUUCUAUCAAUGGAUCCCCAGCUCCUGCUAAUACUACUACUACUGCUGCUUCUGCUCCUACCAGUAGCACUAUAAUACCCGCUGCCCCUACAUCCGAUAACACAGCACCGUCUAGAUCUUCACCUGGUCAACCCAUGUAUAUGACCGCCAAUGGUGCUCGACCACCACUACCACCGCCACCACCACCGUCGGAUUAUAUGCAAUUAUCAGCUAAUCUCUUUACUCCUAAUAGCACUAAUCAAAAUCAGAAUCAAAAUCAAAACCCUAAUAAUCAACCUAUGGGUAGCAGUAGCAGUAGUGGUAGUCAACGUAAUUCCCAACAGCAUGAACAUCAACGUUCAGUAUCAACAGAGUCAAAUAACCAACAUCUUUAUUUCUAA